UGGGCAGUGGAUUAAGAAAAAUGAGACGCCGGCGAAAGUAUUGGUUUUGCAGAACUAAAGAAAAAGCAAGCAAAGACAGCUGCUUUCCCACCAAAAACCUUGAUGAAGAAGAGGCUUGUGUAGGGGUGAAGAUCGCUGAGACAAAAGAGCCUGUCAGUGGGUCUACCAAUCAAGCGUCUCAGAGAGAAAAGCGGCAUCAGGGAUGCAGAACCAGUAGCCAGAGAUCUACUGGUAUAAAUGGCAGAAAUUCAGGCCGUCGGCUCCCUCAGCAUUCCAAACCAAAAGUGCCUCCUAAACCAGCAAACCUCCAGACUCCGGUGACAGAGCUGUGUAAGCCGCUGGCCAGGAGCUCACCCUUUAGCUCCAGAAUGGAGGAGGGAGGUGGAGGCGGCGAAGGAAAGGGUCGAGUGUCUGACCUCAUCAAUCGCUUUGAAGAUAACAGAGACACUAACGGCAGGAAAGAGGGUUCGCCUCAGAAGACUAACAGACCUGUUAAGAGCAGCCCGUUACACAAGAUCUGCCAGAAACAGCCACAAGACACCAACACAGACAGCACUGGCAUUGCCAGUCAUGCACACAUGCCGUCUGCCAAUGGGGUGUUAGGUCAAAUGGACAAAGACAGGGAAGACAACAGGGCUGCAAGAUCUGCCAGCCAGCCAGUACUGAAUGGAGAUAUAGGUGAACAGAGUGUAGACGGGGACCCGGAGGGGUCUGUCUGUGUCACUGAGGCACCGGGGGAAGAGGACCGGAGCAGCAAAGAGAAGACGAAGAAUGAGGCCGAUAAAGAGGACAGGAGUAUGGAACACAAGGAGACCAACGAGCAGAAGCUUUACAAGAUAGCAAAUGAGCUUCUCCAGACAGAGAAGGCCUAUGUUGCACGACUUAAUUUAUUAGAUGGGGUGUUCUGUACUAAGCUGAUGGAUGAGGCAGGGAAAGGCACGUUCCCUGUCGAGGUGGUGAAGAACAUUUUCUCUAAUAUUUCCUCCAUCAACACCUUCCACAGCCAGUUUCUCCUUCCAGAUUUGGAGAAACGCAUGGGAAAAUGGGAGUCAACACCUCGUAUCGGGGACAUACUACAGAAACUCACCCCCUUCCUAAAGAUGUAUGCAGAGUACGUGAGGAACUUUGAUCACGCCAUGGAACUACUGAAACAGUGGACAGAUCGAUCACCUCAGUUCAAGUCCAUCGUUCAAGACAUCCAGAAGCAGGACGUCUGUGGGAGUCUAACACUGCAGCACCACAUGCUGGAGCCUGUGCAAAGAGUACCAAGAUAUGAGAUGCUCCUCAAAGACUACCUGAAGAAGCUCCCUCAGGACCACGUGGACUGUCGGGAUGCCGAGAAGUCUUUGGAGAUUAUUGCAACAGCAGCCACACACUCCAACACUGCAAUUCGCAAAUCUGAGAACUUGAAGAAACUUCUGGAGAUCUAUGAGAUGCUGGGUGGGGAAGAGGACAUAGUCAAUGCAUCCAAUGAGUUCAUAAAGGAGGGCCACAUUCUUAAACUGGCAGCCAGGAACACCUCAUCCAUGGACAGAUAUCUCUUUCUGUUCAACAGCAUGCUGCUGUACUGUGUCCCCAAAUUCAGUCUAGUGGGGCAGAAGUUCACAGUACGUACACGAAUUGGCAUUGAUGGGAUGAAGGUGAUGGAGACAUAUAACGAGGAUUAUCCUCAUACCUUCCAAGUGUCUGGAAAGGAACGAACCCUCGAGCUGCAGGCCAGCUCUGAGCAGGAUAAAGAGGACUGGAUAAAGGCUUUCCAGAAAAUAAUCGAGAUCUUUCAACAAAAGAACGAGACCUUCAAAAUGGCUGCUAAAGAAAUGGAGGAAGUAUCGAUAUCAGAUCUGGGAAAGCGAGCGCCACGCUGGAUUCGGGAUAAUGAAGUGACCAUGUGUAUGAAGUGUAAAGAACCCUUUAACGCUCUCACUCGGAGGAGACAUCACUGUCGAGCCUGUGGUUAUGUGGUGUGCUGGAAGUGCUCAGAAUAUAAAGCUCCUCUGGAAUAUGAUGGCAGCAAGAUGAAUAAAGUUUGUCGUGAUUGCUACUCCAUCCUAACAGGGCAUACUGAAGAGACAGAGGGCAAAAAGAAGGGCAUUCUGGAGAUUGAAGCAGCGCAGUUCUGUGGCAGCAGUAUAAUGUGUGGCUUCCUGCAGUACUGUGAGAAGAAUAAACCAUGGCAGAAAGUCUGGUGUGUUAUUCCUCAGAAGGAGGCUUUAGUGCUUUAUCUGUAUGGAGCUCCUCAGGACGUGAAGGCGCAGUCCACAAUCCCUCUGCUGGGUUACUCUGUGGAAGAUGCUCCCCGUACAGCAGACCCUCCAGCCAGUUUCCGUCUGUCCCAGUCGAAGUCGGUGCACAGCUUUGCAGCUGAGACAGAGGAGCUGAAGCAGCGCUGGCUCAAAGUUAUUCGUGUGUGUGUGACCGGGGAGAUACCCGAAUGCCCUCCGCCACCUGAUGCCCACGUGCCAGAGAUCAGUCGAGCGCUGAGUUCAGACAGCGUGUAAAGAAAGAGGAAGCGCACAGCAUCGUCUGUGCCACCUCAGGCCUCAGAGAAAGUCAUAAAGAUACACCACCAGAGACUCCAUGUGAGCAAACCAUGAGCUUGGUGAAUGAACCUCAGCCACAGACAGGGCUGAGAAAAAUACACCCAUGCUGGAUUCAACAAUUAUAAGGCUAUCCAAAAAAAAGGCUCAACUUGCAGUCCAAAGUGAUGGCAUGCAUACACAAGUGCUAUUCAAAGUCAUCGGUGCUCCAGGAUGGUUGGUUAAGGUGUUAUGGAUAUAGAGACUGAAUUUCUUAUACACAACUCUCUUAGUCUCAGCCACUGCAGUAUAAUCACUGCAAGCAGUACUAUGAUAGCGCAGUAUGGUAAAUGUAUUGUAUAUAUUGUAGCAAUCCACUUAGAUGUAUAUAUAUACGCCCUCACUGUCUCUUUUAUAAAGAUGUGAAGUGAAAGCAGGCCUCUCUUCAACACUGAUUAAACGUCUGAGAUUAAAUUCAGGCCAUAUCAGCAGCCAUGGAAGAGAGAUUAUUGUUCUUCCUACAAUCCUUUGUUCAUAAGGACAACAAAUGACAUUCUAUUACUGAUGAACUCGCAAUAAAAUUAUUGUAUGUUGCUACACGUGAAGAGCACUUCAGCAGGAGUCAUGAUGCUACAUUAGAAAACCAUCAUUUACAAACUCAUUCCACCCCAGCACGUCCAUCACUCAGCCUAUAAUAUGGAUCUACAGACUGAAACUCAUCUGCCCUUAGUCUGAACUUUUCUAAUUAAAGGACACCUUUGAAACCACAGCACUGCCAAUAAUGUGCUGUGGUGUGCUGUGCUGUGUUUAAUCUGCAUCCUCCUUUUAAAACCUGGAAAACGGAUGCCCUGCUGGCACAUAGAAUGCAGAGAAUCAAAAUGUCCUGGAAUUUUCCAAUCCAGUUUGUUUUCUAAUGUUUUGAGAUGUUAUAGAGGUCUGAGUAUUAAUCGAUGCUGCUAUUAACCCAUCAAAAUCAUCAAUGACUAACAAACGAAGGCACGGCACUACCCAAGCUUGGACAUCUGUAAGCUCAUGGAUACAAAAUACUUCAGAUAGUGCUUUUUUAAGCUAGUUCGAUUGCAUUAUGACAUCCCUUUUCAGCUAGCAUGUACUAGCAAUCACUAUUCUAGGAUGUUAACUAAAUUGUGCAGACAACUGGGCUUGCUAACUCAGUAUUUUCUGCUUCCAAGUAUCUAAGAAAAUACCACCAGAAUUGGUGAUUCCUUCUGGAAAAGUCAGGAUGGUGUGGGACGGGACGGUGUCUUUAACCCUGAUACAGACGUAUCAACAUUAUGUCUGUUCCAAAGCAAAUACUUCAGUCAUUUUAAUUGUGAGCAUAACGGAGAAGUGCUACUUUAGUUUUGUUGAUGGUGUAAACAACAGACACAUGUGGAUCAUACAUCUAUUAAUAAGCUUUCGUAAAUGUAUUCAUUUUAAACAGAACAAGCUAAAUAUGAGGUUUUGAAAGCAUCUGUGUUGUGCAUUGUUGGUAAACAUGACACAAACACACAGAAUAAAACAUCACUAGGUUCAUUGUUCAAUCUAAUCCAACACUGACUCAUAGCAUUUUCCAAAUACCAUUAUCAGUAUUGAAUCAAUACAUCCAAAAAAACUGUAUUUUUUAAAUAUAUAUAUAAAUAUUUUAGUCCAUCGUUAGCUACGUUCACACUGCAAGUAAAAGACGCUUCCUGUAGUCUAGCACAGGAAGGAUUUUUAAAUCCUGUGUCUACCCACAUUAGCACUGUACCAAUUUUUGAUGUCUGUUGGGCAUUUUCAUUGAGAGUAUGUGCCACAUACACCAUGUAGUGUGGGUGCUGCACAGCUUGAGUGUCCUGUUAGCAUAUGUUUGUACCUCACCUUCACUCAGUCUGAGGAACUUGGCAUGUUCUCCUCAUGUCAAAGUGGGUUACCUCUGAGUACUCCAAAUUUCACCUAUCAUACAAAAUUAGCCAGUAGGUGUACUGGCCGCUUUUCUGGAUGGAUAAGCGCCUCUUGUUCAUGGGUGGGCUGCUAAACCACUGCGAUCAGAAUAAAGCAUUUAGUGAAAACGAAUGAAUAUUUGGUUCAGUAAUCCGACAAUCCAAAUUUAAUCCGCAUCCGUUAAAUCCAAAUUAAUGUGACUUUUAUGUCCUUUAAUCUCAGCAUUUGUUAUCAUGUUUCUCUGGCCUGUGUGAAGAGUUCAGUAGAACAAACCUUUCAGUGUCAAAUAAUCAUUAUAAAAUCAUAUGAUAAUCCCAGCCAAAUAAUCAGAUUUGAUUAGUAAAUAUGAAUUGAGCUCUCAGGAUCUUACAGUGUGGACGUAGCUUCUGUACACGUGGCCACGUUUAGCAUCUUCAAGCACAGACUGUAUGUUGUUUUUCUGAACGUUGAAGGUGUUUCAAGGUGUAUGUCUGGUUAACUUUUAAGUUAACGCUACUGAUGAGUGUCUUAAACGAGACAUUCUGUGCGGGCAGCACAAUCGAGGACGAACAGGCCCAUAAGCCAGGAGCGACAUGUAAAUGUUUUAUGAAAUAUUGUAAUUAUUUGUUAUUUAAAGUAAUUUAUAAUUGAUAAACAUGAUUUUGAAAAACAGCACAAUGUAAACGUUUCUUGGUAUUUUGCCCUCCAAGUGUUCUGUUUAUUUUCCAAACGUCAUUAUCCUCAAUUGCUCUUCUACUUUUCUUGGUUAUUCUCAUGAUAUUGAAAUCUGAAUAAAAUGAUCAAUAUUUUAUUAAAAGUAUUGCAUUAAGGAUGACAGUCACAACUGAAUUCAGUGAAAUGCACAGAGACAAAUCCUAGAACUAGAAGUUCUGUUUAUUAUCAUCUAGUAUUUCAGGUACAGAGUGCAUGUGUGCACAUACCAUCACCAGUAUGAUGAUGAUUCUUACAGAAAACCUACAGUGGAUUUAGAAAGUAUUCAGACCCCUGGACUGUUUGUGGACUUUGUGUUGUGUGUUUGAUUUUAAAGCUAUUUUUAAUCAUCAUUCUACACUUAAUCACCCCGUAAUAAUGAAGUAGAAACAUGAUUUCAAAGGUUUUUUUUUAUUAUUUAAAAAAACAAAAAAUAAUUAUACAUUUGCAAAACGUAUUCAAACCCCUUGCUGCUUUCAUUAUUUUUAAAAUGAGUCUAGGAUUCAAUUGCCAUCCAUCUGAGGCUGUUUGCAUUCAUUGGACAUAUUUUGAAAACUUCCUAAAACACUUUUUCACUUUAUCAUGCUGGGUGAUUAAGUGUAGAUUGAUGGUUAAAAGUGUGUUGUGGAUUUGAUUUUGAAUGGAUAUAAUUGCCAACACGUAAACAACGUAAAGGGGCUGAAUAUUUUUGGAAUUCACUGUACAUUUCCUGUAGUGCCCGUUCCUAUUAUCUGAAUGCAGGCCUCUUGUUUAGCAGAGAUUUCCUACAGCACUAAGUAAAAAUAUCUCGAGCCUAGUUCUAGCUUUAUUUUUUAUCCUGAAUCUAAACUGCACUUUACUGUUUUCUAUAAAGUGUACAUUGUAAAAGAAUAAACUCUGAGGACUAUGAA